AUGGCGGAGAGCGUAUGUCGUGUUCGAAGUGUGUUUGAAUUGGCUGACAGCGUGGGUCAGCACGGUAGUUUGGGAGUGUUGUUUUUUGCUGAGGGCCAUGCUAAGUCUGACGCGAUGAAGGCCGUGUUUGAGAAGUUGCCCAAGGUUGCUCCGCAGGCUCGUUACGUCAUGGUGGAGAUGAAGGACAUUGCUUGCUCUCGUGAGGCAUUGGGGGUUACCGCGGUGCCUACCUUUUGGGUAGUAGUGAACCAGGCUCUGCCCGAGUGCUUGGAAGUCCCUCAGGCGCCAGAUUAUCUCGCGCUCUGUAAGAAAUAUCUCGUGCAAGGUUCGGUGCCGCUGGGCCAGGAGCUAUUCAAGGACCGGGCAGCGUUAGACGUCCUGCUCAAAGGCGCCCGGGACGCAGCCGUAGCGGCCAGCGAGGAGUGGCUCAGCGUCCGUCCCUACGUUAUCCUGACGACGGACGCCAGCAAGUGUCGACUGCUCUCCGGCACACCCGAGCCCGGUCGAAUUGUUCUGGACCAGUCGACUGCCCCAGAAAUGGCCGCGGCCUUGCACACUCUAUUUCCGACUACGGCCAACGCUGCGACCAACGCUACGACCGCCGUUACGUCAGACUUGGUCAUCGUCGAUGGUUCGUUGUUUGCCGAUGACAGUGUAGACGGCUUGAAGAAACUUCAGGAGGCGAGCAAGGAGCUGGAGGAGAUCGCUACUCGGGCAGACGCCAAACUGGCGGAACGAUGCCGGGACAUCAUCAAUCAAGCAGAGGUAGUUAUGUUCAUGAAGGGCAGCAAGAGCGCGCCUUACUGCAAGUUCUCCAAAGCCAUCAGUGCUCUCCUGCGGGAAGCUGAGAUCGACGACUACGACUGCUUCAACGUGUUCACCGACGACUACAUCCGCGAGAAAGUCAAAGUCGUAUCCAACUGGAAGACUUUUCCCCAACUCUACGUCAGAGGCCAGCUCAUUGGAGGCAUCGACACAGUAAAGCAGAUGAUCGAAGAAAACGGGGGCGACCCAAAAGUACUGAAGAAACUACUGAAACUAUAA